AUGCCCUCACACGUCAGACCAGGGUCCUUUGCGUGGCUGGGCGCUCUGUGUCUGGUGCUACGGACGCAGACGGACACGGUGCGCGCGGCGCCUAUCUGCGACAACGGCCAGGCGAGCUGCCAGGUCCUCUCACUGGCUGACCUCUUCGAUCGGGUCAUCCAGCACUCGUCCAGGAUGCACGGCAUGUCCAACGACCUGCACUCCCAGUUCGAACAGUACUUCCUACCCAGUAGGAAUCACAUCAGCAACAGGGUCAACAGAAACUGCCACACCUCCGGGAUCCUGACUCCCAAUGGCAAGGAGAAUGCACAGAGACUUGCUGGAGAGGAGCUGACGGAGGUGAUCCUGAAGCUGCUGUGGGCCUGGAGGGACCCUCUGUGGCACUUCCACCAGAGCAUGGCCCACCACGACGACUUCAACAGCUUCAGCUCCAACAAGGCCCUGGUGAUGGGCGAUCUGGUCCACGAGCUACGCACCGGCGUGGAGAAAGUAGCCGAGAAGAUGCAGAACCUGGGCAUUAUCAGCAACUUGGUCAACGGUCUGAGGUCCCCUGAACAGCUGCUGCCCUCGCCCGUCAGACCCCAGUGGAGCCUUAUGAAUGACUAUGAUCUCCUCUCCUGCCUUCGCCGAGACUCCAACAAGGUUCAGAGCUACCUCAAGAUCCUCAAAUGCCGCAUAGUUCCAGAGAAUGACUGCUGA